CGGGUGGGUCGGGGCCUGGGAGUGUAUGUGGUGACGUCCCCACUGGACCAUCCAUGCCAUGAUGGCGGCGGAACGGGGCGGCGGUCCCGGCUCGGCCGCGGCAGAUUAUUCAAUGCUGGUGGUGGUUGGUGCGCUACAGGCCUCUGGCUUGCUGGAGCGGAUGUUGCUGCAAAUAGAAUUGGGCCUGCGCUGCUGGCCUGUGCCAAUGAACGUUGAUGUUUUGGAUCAGCAGCUGAAGCUCUUUGUGUCCAGACACUCUGCCUUCUUGUCAGAGGACAUCCCAGGUCAGCGGACGCUGCAGCACCACGGCGACGUCCUGGACACGCAGGUUGUGUUGAAUCCGGCUCACGACCUGGUCUGCUCAGAGGUGCGGCAGCUGCUGUGUCAACCUUCUCGACACAAGCUGUUGAUCCUGGCCGGUCAGUGUGUCGAGGACGUCGGAGACAUCGUGUUGCAGAAAGGCCGCUUCACUCUGGACGACCUGAUCCAGAUCUGUGCUGACGAAGAGGUUGCCCACUUGUGGAGUGCUACGGCAAAGGCCACUCUUACCCUCAGCUGCCCGGACCUGGGCCUUUGGAGGGAGGACCUGUUGAAGAAGCACAAUGUGCUAGACGUCAUAAACAUCCAGAUCAACCCUCCCGAGCUCCUUCCACAGAUGGAAGGCUUGCAAGAGUUCACAGAGUACCUCUCAGAGUGUCUGGAACCCGAGUCACCAUUUGACCUCCUGGAGCCCCCAAGCACCGUGGGGUUCUUGAAACUCUCCCGUCCUUGCUGCUACAUCUUCCCUGGUGGUAAGGGAGACUCGGCAUUCUUUGCUGUGAAUGGCUUCAACAUCCUGGUAAAUGGAGGCUCCGACCCCCGCUCCUGCUUCUGGAAACUAGUCCGACAUCUGGACAGAAUCGACUCGGUCCUCCUAAGUCACAUCGGCGUGGACAAUCUUCCUGGGCUGAACAGCUUGCUACUGAGGAAAGUCGCAGAGCAGGACCAGGACUUAGCUGCAGGUCAGCCUGAAGAAGACUGGAUGAAAAAACUCAUCUCCCCGGAGAUUGGAAUAGUUUUCUUCAAUGUUCCGGACAAAUUGAAAGCCAUACAAGGAGAUCCCAGUGAGCUUCGUAGUGUUGACCAAGGGGCAUUGAUCUUGGAGCGCUUGCAAAGACUUGCUAUCAAAGCACAACCUCUGUGUCGGCCCAAUAUAGUGUCUAUUGAGCCACUUGUCUUGUUCCACAAGAUGGGAGUAGGCCGUUUGGAGUUGUACCCACUGAAUCCAGUCAGUGGCAGUAAAGAAUUGGAGGAGUUGAUGCAGAUUUUGCCCAAAAGUUCCAAUCUGAAAGGCUCGGAUCUUCCACUCACAUGCCUCACUUCCAUGUGUGCUUUGCUGGUGUGGCAUCCCUCAAGCAAUCAGGAGAAGAUCGUCCGGGUCCUUUUCCCGGGAUGCACGCCACAGCCCAAAAUUCUGGAUGGACUUGAAAGACUGAAACACCUGGAUUUCCUCAGUGUUCCUGUGGCAAGUUCAAAGGACCUUGAAAUGUCCAAAGCGGAGAAACUACCAAAGCGUGCCGAAAGUCGAGAAAGCCUCAAGUCUAGAGACUUGCGGACCAGCAGUGCCUUGCAGAAAGAGAAAAAUGGACGACCUCCUGUCAAAAAACUGGAGGUGAGAAUGAAGCCAAAAGCAGGUGGUGACACUGCCCCCAAAGAGAGAGACCAAGAGGCCAAAUGUAAGCCAGUGAAGCCUGCUGAGAAGCUCAUUCCAAAGAAGGAUAUGUCCAAAGAUGAGAGAAAGAAAGAGAAUGGUGACAAAAAGAGAGAAAGUGUCAAGAAGGAAAGUUUAAAGCUGAAGAAAGAAAAUAAACCCGAAGCCAAAAAAGAGACUAAGUGGGAAGACAAGAAAGUAGCUGCAUCAGCUGCCAAAGAUGUAAAGAAAGUGAGUGGAACUUCAAGUUCAGAAGUGAGAAAAUCUGCAUUCAGGAGCCCGAAGACGGACAUGUUGAACAAAGGGAUGAAAGGUAAAGCUGGUUCUACACAGCAGGACUUCACAGCUGAAGACGAUAACAGGAACCCUACCAAAAACACCUCAGAACUUCGUAACUGUGACAGGGACAGAAAGAACCAAGGAAGUCCUGAGACAGUAGUCCUUUGUAUGGACACCUCCUUAAGUCCAAAUGACGACAAAUUCUCCAAAGGUGGACCAGAGGUUCAAGGUAACAGUGCACCUGAAGUAGACAGAGCAGCGCAUCUGGCCUUGGAUGGCCUCAGUCAGGAAGUUCCUCUGAGUACCUCACCCAUAGAGAAAUCCCCUUUCUUUCAGGACAAAACGUCCACUCAUCUUGUGGGAGACAUUGCAGACCCCCCCCCCACGCUAACAACUAUGCCGACUGAAUUCUGCCUCCCUCCAACCUCAGAGCAAAUCCGCAUGUUUAGCACAGAAUCCCAGCCAGCGCUGCCAAAAGACAAAUGCUGCUCCAACGGACUCUUGACUGACUCGGAACACAAUGUAGAGCAUUCCCUGAAUGGUCGCUGGGGACCUGGAUGUGAGGAACGUAUACAUGGCAUGUCGGAGCUCAGCACAGAUGUUCUCCAUGAUGUCGAUCUUUGCUUGGUUUCGCCUUGUGAGUUCCAGCACCACAAGGCUCCAGAGAACCAGAGCACUGAAGCCUGCAGCCAGGGAACCCCGCCCACAUCAGUCAGUGAGUCCCUCUUGAUGGCCACAGACUCUGAUGUUCUGCCUGCAGCGGAGGACUGUCCUUCGCUCGGCACAGACUUCGAUGAUGAUGAUUCAGGUAGCCUCCUCUUUCCCGGACAUCCUGGCAUGCCCCUGUCCCACCUGGCGGCUGAGCAUUCCUCCCUGGACCCGCCACCGGCCCUGGCCAAGGACCUGCCCCCGUUACCGCCCCAACCAGAAACGUGCAUGGCAGAUGUUGACGCAUCAAGCCAGACUUCUGCCAGCAGGACCAAAAAAACCCCAGGAGUGUUGCAGAGGGGCACUGCCAGAAGCCCGUCCGGCCACAACGUGAAGCCAAAGGCUAGCAGCACCGCGUCACUUAAAACAACCCCCGCCCUUGACACAAGACCAUCGAGCCGAAUUUCACUGGGUGGCUCGCGAAGUGGAACUGCCAAACCUUCAGUGUCAGCGUCCAAACUGUCAGAGGCCUCUGCUGUCCACGUGGACCUGGCCUACCUGCCAUCCGGAUCAGCCUCCUCCACCAUCACUUCGGACUUCUUCAGACAGCUUCGCUCCUCCUAUUACGUUGUGAGUGGCGACGAGCCUGUGAAAGCAGCGGCCAUGAGAAGCAUCCUGGAUGCACUGCUGGAUGGCAAGAGCAGCUGGCCGGACUUGCAGGUGACUCUAAUCCCGACGUUCGAUUCUGUGGCCAUGCACGAGUGGUACCAAGAAACCCAUGAGCAGCAGAAGCAGCUCUCCAUCACUGUGUUGGGGAGCAACAGCACCGUGGCCAUGCAGGACGAGACCUUCCCUGCCUGCAAGGUGGAGUUCUGAGGUUUUCGGAGGUUUUCGCCGUGGUUACAAGCUGACAGGGAAUAGUACACAGUUGCCUUAUCAGAACUCCCCCGUCCCUUUGAUAGGCUGGUCUGUUGUAGCACUUUCUGGCUGCUGGACCCGGACAUUCAUGCUAGCAGUCCACAAAAUAUUCAAGUCAGUUCUCAUGAAGCAGGUUCUUCAGUUGAGGAGCCAUUGCAGGUUCAGAUUCCAAAUGAUAAAGCUUUGUGAGGGAUUAUAGAAAUGAAAUGAAAGUGUUUAUUUGGAUUGGAAAGAACAUGUCAAAGCUUCCUGUCUUUGUGGUUUGACUUGGAGUGUUAUUGUAGCAUGUGGAUGUGAAACCUGAGCUGUUUAUAUCAACUUAAUUACACAGUAGAUCCCUGCAAAUGGUGAAAAACAGCAAAUAAUGGAAAAAGCCCUAAAAAUGACUUUUUGAUACUGUAAGCCAUACAACACAUCUCACACAAGACACAAUUACAGACGUACGGGAUUGGACUUCAAAACGUACACUUACACAACAUCACCAGCAUCUUCUUGCUGGAAGAUUUUGAGUGAAUUGACUCGUGAAACGGCGCCCUGUACUGGAUAUGUAGAUGCAGCACUUUUUUGUGUUGUUGUCCCCUGCUGCUGAUGCCAUUAAACAUUAAGUUUUAGUAUUUACAAUCUAAAGCAGAGAAAAUAAUCCAGAGGAGCCACUGCCCAGCCACAAACAUGCGGGGAUCUAGUACAUUAUUCCACACUAACAUUUCUGAUGGCUGAAGCCAGGCUCUUUGUGUCAAGGAAUGAAGUUGGAUGUUAAAGCUUUGAAUAUGAAGCUAGCAGCUUGCAUAAAAUCUUUGAUUGGUUUUCUUUCCAUGGUAAUCACCACGACAUUGCAUGAUUAGUUGAUAGCUGUCACUAUGAGAGAAGGAGUCAUAAGUCAAACAAGGUAAAAUGUCGGCAGGUUAAAAACUCCAGUUCUAUUAAGUUAUUUAUUUAUUUGUACACUUCCCCACGAAUCUUGUUUUAAAAUUGACAUCUGCAUGUUAAUGACUUUGGUACUGAAGUUGUGAAGAUAUGGUCAAACCCUUUCAAGAAAGCAGUAAUGUACGCCCUCUGCUGGUCUUUUGCUGCACACACAAAAUGUCACAAAAUGUGGCUGCAGUGUGCAUUCAAAUUUGGCUCUGGUCCUGUUAGAGUUCAACUUUACUGUCAAUAGCCUUUUAACGUGUUUGUUUAACUCAACGUAAAAAUGAAAUGUAAAUGUUUUUUAAAUCGCUUUUGCAUACACACAAACACCUGUUUCAGGUUGAUUUACUGUUUUUUCAAACACUACUUUGAGGUUCUAUCUAUUAAAAA